AUCAUCUCCAUCCCUAGCCGUUUAUUGUUAACUUUUAGUUAGAAGGAAGUAAGAGGAAAAAACAGAAAAGGAAAAAGAAAUUAAUAUUUGGAAAGAAUGAAGUUAUCUAGUUGUAUUUUCAUUUCUUUCUUGAUUAGUUUGGUUUCUGCUACCACCCAUACUUGGUAUUAUGAAACCAGUUGGGUUGAUGCUAAUCCUGAUGGAUGUCAAGAACGUAAAGUCAUUGGGCUCAAUGGUACCUGGCCCUUACCUAACUUGAGAGUUAAAAAGGGUGAUCGUGUUCAAUUUUAUUUAACUAAUGGGUUUGACGAUCGUAAUACUUCAUUACAUUUCCACGGUUUAUUUCAAAAUGGUACUAAUCAAAUGGAUGGUCCAGAAAUGGUUACUCAAUGUCCAAUUCCUCCUGGGGAAACCAUGUUGUAUAAUUUCACUGUUCCUGAUCAAGCCGGUACUUAUUGGUACCACUCUCAUACUUCUGGUCAAUACGGUGAUGGUAUGAGAGGUGCUUUUAUUAUCGAAGAAAAAAAUCAAGAUGAUUUCCCUUAUGAAUACGAUGAAGAAGUUGUUUUAACUGUUGCUGAAUGGUAUCACGAUUUAACUGAUGUUCUUAACCCUAAGUUUUUGAAUUUGUAUAAUCCAACUGGUGCUGAACCAAUUCCACAAAAUUUGUUGUUUAACGAAACCAGAAAUGCUACUUGGAAAGUUGAACCAAAUAAAACUUAUUUCCUUCGUAUUAUUAACGUUGGUAGAUUUGUUUCUCAAUAUCUUUAUAUGGAAGAUCACGAAUUUGAAAUUAUUGAAGUUGAUGGGGUUAUGGUUGAAAAAAAUACCACUGAUUUACUUUAUCUUACCGUGGCUCAACGUGUUGGUUGUUUAGUUAAAACUAAAAAUAAUACCGAUAAAAACUAUGCGUUCAUGACUAAAAUGGAUGAUGGUAUGUUGGAUGUUAUUCCAAAAGAUUUACAAUUAAACUCCACCAAUUACAUCAUGUACGAUGAAGAUAAAGAUAAACCAGAGCAAUACUACAUCGAUGAUGUCGAAGAUUUCUUUGAUGAUUUCUACUUGAAACCUUUAUCCAAAGAAGAAUUAUUUGAUGAACCUGAUAACGUUAUCGAAGUUAGUGUUCAAAUGGAUAACUUGGGUAAUGGUAUCAAUUACGCCUUCUUCAAUAAUCUUACUUAUACUAAACCAAAGGUUCCUACUCUUGUCACCGCCAUGUCAAGUGGUGAUGACGCAAAUGAUGCUUCUGUUUAUGGUUCCAACGUUAACUCUUUUGUCUUACAAAAAGAUGACAUUGUCGAAAUCCGUCUUAAUAAUCAAGAUACCGGUAGACAUCCUUUCCACUUGCACGGUCAUGUUUUCCAAUUGAUUGAUCGUGGUGAAGGAAUUCCUGAAGGUGAAGGUGAUCCAGUUGCUUUUGAUCCAAAAAACCAUACCGACUUCCCUUCUCAUCCUCUUAUUAGAGAUACCGUCUAUGUUAAUGCUCAAUCCUACAUUGUUAUGAGAUUUAAAGCUGAUAACCCUGGUGUUUGGUUCUUCCAUUGUCACAUUGAAUGGCAUUUGGAUCAAGGUUUAGCCAUCGUCUUGGUUGAAGCUCCUUUGGAAAUGCAAAAAACUGAAAGUCAACACUUCACUGAUGAUUUCAUCAGAACUUGUAAGAAAAAUGGUAUGAAUGUUACUGGUAACGCUGCCGGUAAUUCUAAAGAUUAUUUGGAUUUAACCGGUGAAAAUGUUCAAUAUGCUCCAUUACCUGCUGGUUUCACCGCAAGAGGUAUCGUUGCUCUUGUCUUCUCCUGUAUUGCUGCUGUCUUGGGUUUGGUUGCCAUUACCGUCUACGGUCUCCAAGAUAUUAAAGACGUCGAAAAGAGAGUCGCUAGAGAUUUGGACGUUGAUAUCACCGAUGAUAACGACGUUGAAGAAAUCCACGAAUCUUCUUCCUCCGAUGCUAUCGAAAGUAAUCGUAAAUAAAUUCACUAGAGGUGAUUAUUUAUUGAUGUGAUGUUUAUUGAAUCAAAUUUGGGUUGUUGCUUGUUGGAAUUGAACCAUUUCUUAAAAGGUCAUGAAAAAUGUGUGUGUAAAUUGAAGAAACC